AUGGUAAAACUCGAUCUCGACUCCACUUCAACAAAGAAAGAGAAGGAAAGGCAUAGAUCUUCAGAAGCAGUGACAAUGAACAGAAACAGAAACGCAACACGAGAAGGGCCGACAUGGCAACAGAUCAUGCAAAGCAUUAUGGAACUACGACAACAGAAUGAAGAGAUAAAGCUAAAAGCCGAAGCGGAUCAAGCACAGUUAGAGAAAGAAAGGGAGGAAGCUCGUAAGAAAGCUGAAGAAGAUCUUCAACUCCUCCGAGAUGAGGCUUUGAGGGAAAGAGAGCGACUUCGAAAAGAAGCCAAAGAAACACAUCAGCGAGUAGAAGAGGCUCUCCAACAACAAGAGCAGUUGAGGAAAACGAAUGAGGAGAUGCAGAUUAGAAUAGAUGCAACUAGGAUCGGUUAUCGACAUGCUAGUCGCCUAACCACUGAUGUGAAUGAAGCCCACCCACUAUUAAAGGAAAUCAUGGAUGAGCCGAUUCCCCAAAAAUUUUUGUGA